AUGGAGGACAAUAGUUCCUGUAUAUACCCCAUAAAGGAUCUCUGCCGAACUUGUACAGCCAACACUGGCAAUAAUUCAACAAUAUCUGUCAAAUGUAUUUAUGAGCCACUAAAUAAUGAUGAUGAUGAUGGUAGCUCGAACUCUGCAAGUCCAACAAUAAUGGAAGCAUUAAUGCAAUUGGAACCACAAAUUCAUAUUGAUUUCCUGGAUAAUUUACCAAAAACAGUGUGCCUGAUGUGUGCUGAACAAUUACAAAAAUCCUAUAGAUUUUUGGAAUCAUACAGACAGGCCAAUGACAAGUUACAGAAACUCAUAAAGAACCGACAGGCGACCAUGGACUCUGAAUCUUUGGAAAAUGCUACAGAAUUACAUAUUGAAGAAUUUGUCAAAGAAGAUGCCAAUGCAUCGUAUGAAAUAGAUAUUGAAAAGAGUCCAAUUGCGUAUGUCGAUGAUGAUAAUCAUGAUGAAGAAGAGGAACCAGAGGAAUUGAUUGACAUGGAAUACAGCGAUAGUGAAGAGACAAGCAAUGAUAUUUUGUUGGAAACCAUUUCACAAUCCAAGAAACCCCAAAGGACUACAAAAAAGUUGGAAGCAAAAAUAGGUGAUGACUCAAGUGAAUGCAAUCCCAAGCCCCAACAAAAUGAUGAUGGAACAUAUACGUGCCAGGAAUGUAAAAUGCUACUCGGUGAUUUGGAAACAUGGAGACAGCACAUGGAGACAGAACACAAAUCGAACAAUACCAGAAAUAGCAAACAGAGAAAAAGUUUUAAAUGUGAAUAUUGUGAGAAAGAAUUCUUGCGGGCAAGCACCUGUAGGAUUCAUAUGAGAACACACACAGCAGAAGAACCCUUUCUAUGUGUUGAAUGUGGUAAAAGUUUUAAGGUUAGAAGUAGCCUGUAUACGCAUAUGUUACGGCACAAGGGUGAGAAAACAUUUCAAUGCGCCCACUGUCCGAAAACAUUCGUCUGCGCCAGUGGACUUUAUUGUCAUUCGUUGGUACACAAAAAAGAGAAACCAUUUGUGUGUGACACUUGUGGUGCUGCCUUCCAUAUGGCCUAUAUGCUGAAAAAACAUAAUUUAUAUCACAAGGGUAUUAAGAAUUUUGCCUGUGAACAUUGUGAUUUGCGCUUUGUAACCGGUGAAAAACUGCGUCGCCAUAUACGCACACACACGGGUGAAAAGCCAUAUGCCUGCCAUUAUUGUGAUCGUGCCUUUGCCCAAAGCAACGAUUGUAACAAACACAUGCGUCAACAUGUUGGCGAAAAUAUCUACCAGUGUGAUUUGUGUCCAUUGCGUUUUCCAAAGGCCAGGGAUUUACGCGCCCAUUUUGCCACACAUAGGAACGACGAUGAAGAAACGCGUAAGAAAAAUUUGGAAGCCCAUAUUAUGUCUCUAAAAAUUGAGGACCUGUGCCGUACGUGCAUGUAUGACGGAACUGGCUCCUUGAAAUCGGAGGAUAUACAAGCGAAAGCCAAACAGGAAAAGCAAAUGUUAUCACUCAAUACUAUUGUUGUAACCAUGGAUGAAGGAGAAAACAAACAUUGUAGCAUAUUGGAUUUGUUAAAAGUGUCCAUUCCUCAGCUGCAAUUGCAACAAAAUGAUAAACUCCCCAAACAGAUUUGCGUGGAAUGUGCCAAUAAAGUCAAGGAGUUCAAUUAUUUUCGGGAAAAAUGUUUAAGUGUGGAACGACAGCUAAAUGAGCUACUGGUGAAGACAUGCGAAGAGGGUGGUGAUGGUGGUGGUGCAACUGCUGCAAAGCCAGAAGACGAGGUGGAACAUCCAUUUUUUGAUAUUUUUGAAAAGGCUUUAGAUGUCGGUGAUGAGAAGUUAAUGAAAGCUGAACUGGAGGAAGAUGUCUUUAUAGAUCAAAACUCAUUUCAAUCGGAUCAAUUUGUGGACGAUGGAAAUAUAUCGGCGGAAGAUGUUUUGCACGACAACUACAAUGAAGAUGAAUUCAUAAAGAGCUGCAGUGAUUUGAGUAUAGAUUUUGAAUUGGAUACGGAUAGUGAUAGCGAUUUUGGAGUAAAGAAAAGGGUAUCAAAAAAGGAAAAGUCGGCAAAAUCAUCCACUAAAAAAUCCAACGAAUCAAAACAGAAGUCGGAAUCUCAGGAGUCAUUUCCAUGUACCCAGUGUAAAAAACAGCUCAAAACUGAAGCAUCCCUUAAAAAACAUUUACUAUUGCAUGAGAAAAAAGCCAACGAAGAUCGUGAUAGAAAAUAUGUGUGCAAUGUUUGUGAUAGAGGUUUUCCACAUGCCUAUAUGCUAAGAGAUCACUUGAGAUCGCAUAGCGGCGAAAAACCUUUUCUAUGCUCCGAAUGCGGCAAAGGCUUUACCACAUCGAGCAGUUUAAAACAACAUACAUUCCGGCACAAAAGUGAACGACAAUUUACCUGUCCAGACUGUCCAAAAGCAUUUACCACACGUACAGAUUUAUCCUCACAUUCCGUUGUACAUCGAGAGAAAUCAAGAACCCAUGUCUGUGAUCUAUGUGGUCGGGGCUUUACACGGGCGUUUGUACUGAAACAGCACAAAAUGUAUCAUCGAAAUGAGAGGGCUUUCUCUUGUGAGUUUUGUGAAAAACGAUUCAAUACAAAUGAAAAACUACAACGUCACACACGUAUCCAUACUGGUGAAAAACCUUAUAAAUGCAAAUAUUGUGAAAAGGCCUAUUGUCAAUCGAAUGAAUUGACAAAACAUUUGCGUUUUCAUUUGGGUGAAAAUGUCUAUCAGUGUGCAUUGUGUCCACAGCGGUUUGCAACUGUGAAAUUAGUAAAAGAACAUUUUAUAUUGCACAAAAAUGAUGAUGAAGAAACUAGGGCACGCAAUGUCGCCGAAUUAAAUGCAUUAGAAAUAAAGGGUAUAUUUUGUAGCUAUAUAAUAUUGGAUGCUCUACUUUGUCAUUAUGUGGAUCAUCAUUACAAUGACACCAUUGAGCGCCAGGAGAUAGCCACAGAUCCACUUAAUAUGUUGCCACCCGUCAAUGCACUGGAAAAUGAUUUGAAAUUGGAAUUACUGGAACCAGUUAUCCGCAAAGAUGAUAAUGAUGAGAAAAGCAAUGAUAAUAUUGAUGGGAGUAUUGAAGCUAAAGAACAACAGGUGAUCCGGGAUAACCAGAUGAGCGCGGCGAGUAGUUGUGAUGAAGGAGAUCCGAAAUAUUCUUCCGCAGAAGAAACGGAAGAUAUCGCACAAGAAAAUUGUAAAGAAUUAGUAGACAAUGACCCUGAACAUAGCUGUGACAUAUGUGGCCUUAAAGUGAAGACAUUCAAAAGCCUAGAACGGCAUAGGAAAAGCCACGAAUCCAAGAAGGAAUUGCAAUGCCAAGACUGUCAACGAAAUUUUAAAACACUAAGGACUCUUAAAAAUCACAUUAAAACCCACAAUAUUGUAGAGAAGCCGGAAAUUGCUACAAAGAGUGAUGAUGAUGAGGAUGUUACUGAUAAAUUUAUUUUAGAAAAAGAAUCCGAAAUUAUUGAAUCCGAUAUAUUUUGUAAAAAUGAAAGGACUGAAGAAGUAGAAGAACAUGAUUGUGAAACGGAGGAGAUUCAAAAACAACAGAAAGAGGAUUCCAAACAAUUCGUCUGCAAUCACUGUGGCAGUCAAUUAAAAACCCUUAAAACAUUUAAAAGACAUUUACGUAUUCAUAAGCGGGACUCGGAGGACAAAGAGGAAGGACCUCUUAAAUCAUCCAAACAUGAAUGUGAAUUUUGUAACAAAGUUUUCCAUCAAUCCAGCUCUUUGAAGGAUCAUCUAAGAGUCCAUACGGGAGAACAACCAUAUCUAUGCUCAGAAUGUGGUAAAGCUUUUAAAAGCCUGAGCAAUAUGAAACAACAUUUUCUAAGGCACGGCUCUGAUCGUCCCUAUGAAUGUCCUGAUUGUCCCAAAAAAUUUCCCUGCCUUAGUGAUUUGGCCUCACACAAGGCUGUGCAUUCAAAGACCAAGUCGCACAUAUGUGAUAUUUGUGGCAGCGGGUUUGUCAAGCCAUAUCUGCUGAAGAAACACAAACUGUAUCACACGAAUGAACGAAGAUUUGCAUGUGAUUUUUGUGAGAAGAGAUUUGUCCUUGCCGAUCAAUGUCGCAGGCAUAUGCGCACCCAUACCGGGGAAAAGCCUUACAAAUGUAAAUAUUGUGUUCGUUCCUUUGCCCAGAGCAAUGAUUUGAUUAAGCACUUAAGAGGACACUUGGGUGCGGAUAAUGUAUAUAAAUGUAAUAUGUGUCCGCAGGGAUUUCGUUUACAGAGUGACUUGAGGGCACAUUUUAAUACGCACAAAAAUGAUGAUGAAGAAACCAAGCAACGGAAUCUACAAGCCUUGAAGGAUGAUGAGCUGCGAAUACAAAUGAAAUUUGGUCUGGUGCCAAGUUGA